AUGAAACAUAACGACGAAAUGUUUAAGUUGGAAGCUGGCACUAAACUGCUGAUGUACAAUUCAAUCAAAGACUAUAACGGCACGGCUGCAACAGCGAACGGAGUGAGGGCAGCAUGGGAUGCGAUCAUGCAAAAGUACGAAUGUUGCGGAAUCGAAUCGAAACCAAAUGAGUUCAAUAGCAGCAAGUGGUAUCGAAGCUUCAAGCCACCGGAUCCGUUUCCUGCCGCUUGUUGUGAGACGCCGUCGCCGUGGAGUCCGGAUACCUACUGCUUGGCUGCUAACAGACGAGGCUUGGGAUGCCAUCAGGCUCUGACGGAAGUGCUCGAAAGUCAACUAGUGAUUGUCAUCAGCGUUGGCGCUGCUGUAGGACUGAUUCAGGUGAAGUUUAAAGCUUGUCUACGAUCGGUCCUUCUUACAGCAAAGCUUUAG